AUGGCGGAGUCAGUCACAUUGCAAGAGCAGCAAGAGGGUACUUCAUCGUCCACUGUCACUUUACUGGAAACUGAGGAGCGCGAACAGGAGGUACCUAGAGUAACACUUAAAUUAAGAAAACCCAGGACCGAUAGAAAAGUAAAAUGGAGCACAGAAACUGUAGAUAAUGAAAAUAUGAACAAAAAGAAAUCAAAAUGCUGUUGUAUAUACGAGAAACCAAAAAAGUUUGGUGAAAGUUCAGACGAUGACUCGGAAGAUGAUGACGAUUCCGACGAAUGUGAUCAUUGUCACGGACACGUAGAAAGAAGAAAGAAUAAAUCGCCCGAAAUCACGGGCGAUACUAUUGAAAGCAGUAAAAGCUCAUGUGAAGACAAAAAUUGUAGUCCUUAA